GGUGUAAUAAUUGACCAUUCAACUGGUACGGUUACCAAGGAUGGGGUUCCAUAUGAUUAUCUUCAUAAAAAUUUAGAAUUACAACCACCACCACCGAAUUUAAAUAAUUUAACUAAAGGGAUAUUCAUUUUACCAGAUGAAAUCAUUGAUAAGAUUCUUAGUUAUGUCAAUCAAAUAGAUAUUAUUCAUUUUGCCUUAAUUCAUAGAUCAUUUCGUGAAAUAUGUAAAAAGAAAUUGAUGGAAAACAUUUAUGUGUAUUUGCACACUAAGGACCGGCCUUUAUUUCCCAAGAAUUUUUAUAUACCAGCGUUUACUAAUUAUACAUUAAUUGGUGAGUUUUCGUUUGAGGAGUUGUUUCAUGGAGAUGAUACAAAUCCUAAAUAUGUUGAAAAUAUUUUUUUCCAACGUACUAAUGAUGAAACAUCUUUAAUGGUGAAAAAUAAACAAAUACAAAAAUUGCGUGGUUCAGUUAAUUUUGGAAUAAUAUAUUUAAAUGAAGAUGCUUCAUGGUUAUCAGAUUACCAACUUAAAACUAAACCAACAAAACCAAUUUUAUCUGAUGAUAUAAAUCUUGAAUUAAAGAAUCAUCCACUAAACAGAAUCAAACAGUUGACCUUGUAUUGUUCUGAUUCUGCCAAGAUCCAAACAAGGUUUACUUUCAUUAAACAGAUGCCCAAUUUAGAAAAACUCAUGUUAAUUGAUCUACCAUAUUUUCAGUUGCCAGAACCAGUGGAUAUUUUGGAUUUACAUAUUCACAAUAGUUAA